CGUAAACACCACAACCCCCUUUGUCCUGCCCAAAUCGUAUCUUUUCUUUAUUGCCUGUGUCUCCAUCCAGGGAUACAUUAGCGGGAUUCUUUUGACACACUGUUAGGAGCACACAAAGCGUCCUAUAGUCUGAUCUGGUACCUGGACAAAGGGUCCUACAUACACCGUCUCAAGCGCGUUUAGGAAUAGUCUGGGGCCGAUUACGCCAGUGUAUCUCGAGAUAUAUCAUCUCUUGUCUCUCAUCGACCAGGCUAAUAUCCAACUGGAGUUUUAGAUUCCAGAUUGUGCACCUUGCUUUGUGUCACAUCUGUUGAGCAAGAGCCUACAAAGUCAAGCCGCCAGUAUGGACAUCGCGUCGAAGGAUGCGGCGCGGAUCCUGCUUCAAAACACAGCCACUUCUUAUGACAUUCGCGUACGACGUGAUGAAAUUGAGAUGGCACUUGAAGACCCGAUCCAAGGCCCAGCCUUGGUUGAAUGGGCUUCCAGCCAUCUGCUGUCGGACAAUCUGCUAACAGCCGACGAGCUCGCCUUGUACUCCGCUCUAGAUAGCAGCGGCCAAGUGGACAAACUAUCAGAAUUGCAAGACUUGGCCGAAGUCCAGCCCAUCCGUCACGACGACCUGAAAGCCGCCAUCGCUGAACUUAGGCGAUCCACAGACAGCAUCAAUGAGCAAACUGAAACCUUGCGUCACCAACAUGAUGCCUUGUCGCGCCUCGCGGCGAAAUGUGACGAGGACGGGGCGCGUCGCCGCCAGCUUGACUUGGCACAUGAACGAACGUCUGAAGUUGAACAGACAAGAUUAGCUUCGCAUGUAGACCAGCUGUCACAGGCAAUCCAGCAACAACUCUCGCAGCUCACAAACAGCGAGCAGCCCGGCAAAUCAGACUUCAGGGGCUCGCUCGAAGACGCGUUUCAGUCCGAUGAUAGACUAUUGGCUAGUCUUCAGAAGCUAGGAUGGGAGCUGGAGGAACCGGAUCCUGAGGAAGCUGUGCCGGUGGAGAAGCUCAAAGAAGUUUGUAUGAGACUCAUCAAAAUCACCGUCCAGAGCGUACGGACCAGACUAGAUACAACGUACCUGAAUACCCUUAUUGCUGCGCACCAAACGGGUGCGUCGCAGGCGGCUUCGGAGGCCGAGAUAGCCGCUUUGCAGGACGAAGUAGAGUCUCUGUACGCGGAAAUCCUUCCUGUCGCGCAAAUGGCGGUUGAACAGCAGCACCUUGAGCCUGCACUGUCGGCAGUCUCUUCGAAAAACGGACAAAGCCAACAAAAGACAAUGUCUUCACUCACCUACAUGAAUCAAUGUCUAGACUAUCUUCUCGGCAGAGUGAACCGCCUGCAGUCUCGCAUGUACAUAUACAAGUCACACAUGCAAGCCGUGCAGACUGUAGCAGCUACAGCAAAGACAGAAACGAUCUCUACAAAAUCAAUAAAUAAUACGAGCAGGCCGCCGAUCUCAGCACUAAAUCGACGACCAGAUGCAAAAUCGCGGCGACGCUCAUCAGGUUACCAAGAUAUCCCUCCUCUAGACUCUCUUAUGCAGAGUCUCUCGUUGCCUGUUGAAGCUUUUGAAGCACCUACACCGACCGACAAAGCGAGAAUCCUUGCCAAGGCUGUGUCAGAAAGAAGAGAAAAGAACAAAGAUGUAUCAGCAGCUGCUCAGGAUGCUUUGGAACAAAUCAUUUCGACCCAAAUUGACGAUGCCAGGCGCGCCGUCCAACUGUUGAGGGACAGCAUUGCAGCUGAAAGCUCAUUUGGCAGCGUCCAGCUUAUGGACCCUGAUCUGGAUCAAUCGCUAGCAGCGAUGAAACAAGAGGCGGCGAACCUGAACCAGCAGCUAGCUGAAAUGGAUUUGUCGAUAGAAGAAAGUGGGAGAAGCGAUAAAAAGGAGGAACUUAUUGAACGAUGGAGCAGAUGAGGUGCGAAUCUUCCUACUAUCAGUACGAUACUCGAAAGAAGAGAUCAGAGCGAAAGCGACAAUAAGAACAAAAGUCAAUCUCGAUUCUUC